GUGGACAUGAAUGAAGGGCGGACAGGUGCGGCCGGAGACCCCGCCCCCUGUGACGGGCUUUAAUUAGCCGUGGAGCAGGUGAGCGGACUCAGUCUGACUCUACAACCGGAGACAUCGAGCAUGGAGUGGCUGAACGGGACCGAGGACCUCCGCCUCCAGCUGACCGAGUACAGCUUCGAGCGACGCUUCGAUGAACGCGGAGCCAUAGCUUGGAUGCAGGCCAACUGGAGCAAGUCUUUCGUCUUCUGUGCUCUUUACGCCGCCCUGGUGUUUUCGGGACGGCACUACAUGAAGUCUCGACCGCGGAUGGAUCUGAGACGUCCUCUCGUUGUGUGGUCGCUCAGCCUCGCCCUCUUCAGCAUCGUCGGUGCCGUCCGGACCGGUUCCUACAUGUUCCAGGUUCUGACCUCCAGUGGGUUCAGACGCUCCAUCUGUGACCAGAGCUUCUACAACGGACCAGUCAGCAAGUUCUGGGCCUACGCCUUCGUCCUCAGCAAAGCUCCGGAGCUCGGUGACACGGCGUUUGUGGUUCUGAGGAAACAGAAGCUGCUCUUCCUGCACUGGUACCACCACAUGACGGUGCUGCUCUACUCCUGGUACUCGUAUAAAGACCUGGUGGCCGGGGGCGGCUGGUUCAUGACCAUGAACUACGCCGUCCACGCCCUCAUGUACAGCUACUACGCGGCCCGGGCCGCCGGGAUGUCGGCGCCACGGCCGCUCGCCGUCGCCAUCACCACCGCCCAGAUCGCCCAGAUGGUCAUGGGGCUAACGGUUAGCGUCCUGGUCUACCUGUGGCUCCGGGACGGGGACUGCCCCUCCAACAUGGACAACAUCACCUGGGCGGCGCUCAUGUAUUUCAGCUACCUGCUGCUCUUCUCCAACUUCUUCUACCAGACGUACCUGCGAGGCCCCCACACCAAGCCCAAGACCCAGUAGCCAGCGUUAGACUUUAAUGCGCCACAAGGGGAACUGCUUGGUACCGUUACAGUAGCUUAGUUGCACAUAAGAAUAACAUAAGUAUUAUCUAGUCUUAUCUAUAUCCUCAAAACUCCACUAGUCCAGUUGCCUUUUUUAACACUUUUUUUUAGUUUAACCCUUCAUGUUUAGAAGCGUGUGGUUUUCAUUCAGCCACUCAGAGACGACCAAGGAAACAUGUUAAAUUUGUUGAUCUAGAUUUCCCACCAGAAAAUGACACAAAGGUGAAACGGUUUCCUUCUGUCCUAUAAUAACAACCAGGGUUGACAUGUAGAAUUUCCCAGUGUUUCACUGAGAGCCCCGUGAAGGGUUAAAUGCUAGCUGCUAAUGAGACCGGGCUGUGCUGUUAGCUCGUGCCGUCGGUUCAUCUUUCUGGAUGUAAAGACAAUGCAUGGCCCAGUAGAGACAGGUGCAUUGUGGGACGUAUUAAUAUAAUUUUGUCUAUAAUUGCUGACGAAGCAAUUGACAACUACUAUGAAUAAUAACCAGCUGGUUGUUUAGUACAGACCCACAUUAUUCAGUUAAGAAAAGCAACAUGCGCUCGUAUUUUGAGAUGCAACCAAACAUAUUUAUUUUUACAUAUUUAUUUUCUCCUAUUUAUCACCAGCGCUUGAUCUUUCUGGUUUGUUGGUGCGUCACAUGUCACCUCAGGAAAUAAUGGGUUAAUUUCUAGGUUUGACUUUCUGACAUUUGUCUAACAGAACACGUGUAUGGUGAGUUCCUCUGGGACAGGUCGGUGGUGGAUGACCUCAGCCUGAAGGCACUGAGCGACACAGAAACUCGCUUUACUUGGAUUGUUAGCCUAGUAGCAGCACGCUCAUACCGUAGCAGGAAGGUAUGCUACUAGGCUACAAAAUGAAGAGAAGCCAGUUUACACCGGUCUGAAAGGAUCAGAUGUUUGUAACUAAAGUAACUAUAAUUUUCCGUUGACGGAUUGGUUCAUCUGAGACGUGCUGGCGUCUGAUUGGCUGCUGGACGAGUCUCAUUUCCUCGUUUUUCUUUUUGAAUGAAUUUAAAGGAUUGAAUCAGUUUGAUGUGAGAAACGAUGACGACAGGAUUUUUCUGGAUGAAAACUGAAAUAAUUUGGUGUUUUAUAGUAAAUGAUCUGAGAGGAAAUGUGUGUUAAAUAUUUUAUUUAUUAUUGCAUAUAAUAAAGACUCAGUUUUUA